UCAAACACAAACACUCACACCAGUGGCAGAGCUUUGCACUAUCAAUAGAGGCUUUCAGCAUGCUGUGAAACCGUUCCCUUGUUCCCCUAUGGUGUGAUGAUACAUUGUAAGAGCCGUGAAUGGAACUGUCCAGUCAUAUUGCUGACAUAAUUCAGAAAGGGUAACAGCUCUGAAACUCCUCAAGUUAACAGAAAUCAGUUAUCUGUUAAGAGUUUUAGAGGCAGAGUAGUGACAACCUGUUGCAAUCUCCUGUCUCGUAGGAGAGUCAGGAGAAGCGUUCUUCCUCCACAGGCUUCAAAAUGAGGUCCUUCUGGGAGAGGAAAUCACAAGUGUGUUUGGCUCCGCCCCCUCUUUGCAGCCGUUGACCCCUUGCCGUGUCCAUUAGGAAGAUUCUCAGUCUUACUGGAGCAAUGACAGAUAAAAGCCGUUAAGUGAAAAUGUCUCUGAGUGGCCGUCAGGGGCCUCCUAAAUUGGAGCGACUGGAGUCAGUAAUGAGCCAGUUCUCUGGCAGCUUGGAACAAGACGAUCUACAAGACGACCCAGAGGACCUGGACUUAAGCGGCCAUACUGACCUCUGUGGAGAACCAAGGAACAUAUCCUUUCAAGCAAUAUACAACUUUCUUCCAUUCAAGUCACUGGAUGGUGUUAUAUUUCUUGAAGAAGUGCCAAUCCUGGUACAAGUGACAGAGGUGGAGCGAUUCACAUCUACAAGGGUGCUGAAUCCAAACCUGUACACUAUAGAGCUGAGCCAUGGAGGUUUCAACUGGCAAAUCAAGCGUCGUUUUAAGCACUUCCAGACACUUCAUCAGGAGCUGCUCAAAUUCAGGGCCCUUUUAAAAAUCCCUCUGCCAAGCCGAAUUCACUCAGUCAAAAGGAGGUCAUUCAAAGGCCGUAAACUGUUUCAUGGAGAACACAUACCAACGUUACCACGAAGACCUGAUGCCCUCGUCAAGGAGGAACAGCUCACCAGCAGAAAACUGCAACUUGAGGACUAUCUGAGGAAUGUAUUGAAAAGGCCUAUAUACAGGACACAUCCUGCAACGCUUGAAUUUCUGGAAGUGAGUCAAAUCUCAUUUAUCCAUGAUCUUGGACCAAAAGGAAUUGAAGGUCUAAUUUUAAAGAAAUCAGGAGGAAACACAUUCCCUGUCUGUUACUGGUGCGGAUCAAACAGCGUCUGUUACCGAUGGUCCAAAAGAUGGUUGGUGGUAAAAGACUCCUUUGUUCUCUACAUGAGGCCAGAGGAUGGCCAAGUAGGCACCGUGAUUCUAUACGAUAAGGGAUUUCACAUCAAAAUAGGGACCCUGGAGACCGGAGUCAGGCAUGGAGUCACGAUUGAGAAUCUGUGCAGGGCGCUUACUAUUAAGUGCUCCACAUAUAGGCAGGCCCGUUGGUGGGGACACUCCAUAGACGAGUUUUCGCAAAUGUUUGGACAGGACUUUCUGAGGGAAAACCGCCAUGGGUCUUUUACGCCUGUUAGAGAAAACACUACAUCGAAAUGGUUUGUCAACGCAGCUGGAUACUUUGAUGCCAUAGCUGAUGCCCUGGAAGGAGCAAAGGAGGAAAUCUUCAUCACAGCCUGGUGGUUAAGCCCAGAAAUCUUUCUCAAACGACCAGUAGUAGACGGGAACAUGUGGAGAUUAGACCAUGUCCUCAAGCGGAAAGCACAACAAGGAGUAAAGAUAUUUGUCCUGCUCUACAAAGAAGUCGAGGUAGUGAUGGGUCUCAACAGCGAAUACACGAAGAAAACCCUGAUGGGGCUUCACUCUAACAUCAGGGUCAUCCGACACCCUGAUCACAUGCCCUCCACAGCAUUGCUUUGGGCUCACCACGAGAAGUCGGUGGUGAUUGACCAGUCACUCGCCUUCCUGGGAGGGAUUGACCUGGCCUACGGAAGAUGGGACGAUUCCCAACACCGACUGACUGAUGUGGGAAGUGUGAGAAGAAGCCCUCAGCACAGUCCCGCUCUAUCACCCAGCCUCACUCAUCAGUCAGUUGCCACGGUGGAGGAGGGUGAGGAGAUGAAAUUCAACGUGGUGGUUGAAGAAAUUCAGACUGGAGAAGGAGGAGCAGGAGAUUCAUGCUCAGUGGAGGAUCCAGGGGAGAUCUGUGCGAGCUUUACUUUGCCCUUAGUGGAGGAACAGGGAGAAAACAACCUCACCCUGCCCACAGGAAGGCUGCUAAGAACCCCCUCAGAGAAAAGUCAUCAUAGCUCUGAUGGAACAGAGUCCAAGCAUUACAGUAGGAAUAGUCUUAAUUCCAGGACACCUCUCACUCGGGACUGUUACAGCAAGAGCUUGUCUCUGCAUUCCAGCGAUUCGUACUCUCUUGGCCUGCAUCACUCUCUCCCGCUGCCUUACGAGACUAGUUCUCUAAGAAGUUACAUUGGCAGUACUGAACUCUGUGGAGAGACUCGUUUCUGGCAUGGCAAAGACUACUGCAACUUCAUCCUCAAAGACUGGGUCAAACUCAACAAGCCUUUUGAUGAUUUCAUUGACAGGUAUAAGACGCCACGGAUGCCCUGGCAUGAUAUCGGGGUGCUGGUUCAUGGGAAGGCUGCAAGAGAUAUUGCACGACAUUUCAUUCAGAGGUGGAACUUUACAAAGCUGGUGAAGAAGCGGUCGGGGGCGACGUGCUACCCCUGCCUCAUGCCCAAGUCUCUAUCCGCACCCAUGGUGCCAGCCGAAUACAGCGGCAAAUCAACUCAGGCUAAUGUUCAGGUUUUGAGGUCUGUGUGCCAGUGGUCUAUUGGGACAAAGGUUCAUGAGGAGUCCAUUCAUUUAGCCUACGUUUCAGCCAUCCAGAAUAGCAAACAUUUCAUCUAUAUAGAGAACCAGUUCUUCAUCAGUUGUGCUGACAAAUCCAUCCACAACAGCAUUGGCGAUGCACUGACGGAGAGGAUCCUGCGUGCGUACAGGGAGAAAAAAAAGUUUCGGGUCUAUGUGGUGAUGCCCCUGCUGCCCGGCUUUGAAGGUGACAUCUCGUCAGGAGGGGGCCAAGCCAUCAAAGCAAUCAUGCACUUUAAUUACAGGACAAUGUGCCGAGGGGAGCGCUCCAUUAUUGAGAGGCUCAAAUGUGUGAUGGCAGAUUGCUGGAUCAAGUACAUCUCAUUCUGCGGUCUGCGUACUCAUGCUGACCUGGAUGGGCGUCUGGUCACUGAACUCAUUUACGUGCACAGCAAGCUCAUGAUCGUGGACGACUGCACUGUCAUUAUUGGCUCUGCAAACAUCAAUGACAGGAGCAUGCUGGGAAAGAGAGACAGUGAAAUGGCUGUGGUUGUUGAAGACACAGAAUUUCAGCCCUCUGUCAUGGAUGGAGAGAGUUAUCAGGCUGGCAGGUUCGCUCUGUCUCUACGGGAGGAGUGCUUCAGACUUGUACUUGGCUUGCUGGGAGACAGCAUAGACAUCAGCGAUCCCAUCAGUGACCGAUUCUACAAGGAAAUCUGGAUGGUGACUGCAGCCAAGAAUGCCAGUGUGUAUGACAAGGUCUUCAGAUGUUUGCCCACCGAUGCAGUCCUGAACUAUAAGAUUCUGAGGGACUACAUGUCACGUCCUUGCAUGGCUGCCGAGGAUCCUUUACAGGCCUGUGCCGAACUGAAGAAGAUACGAGGUUUUCUGGUCCAAUUUCCUUUAUACUUUCUCUCUGAAGAGAACCUUUUCCCUUCUUUCAACUCUAAAGAGGGAAUCAUGCCUAUUGAGCUUUGGACAUAGACUCUUUGAACCCAUAAUGGCUGUCUUCUCUUUUGAUGCAUGUCGUCUAAUGAUGCUAUAUGUGCUGUCAGUAGCAUGCAUACUUCUGUAGAGCAAAAACUACCUCUGAGCUAUCUAUAGAUGUGUGCUUAAACCUUCAUUGUUCUGUUUGUCUGUUGUCCCUGUAGGUUUAUAACUGAACUCUGUCUUAAUCAAAUAUACAUGGACACUGCAGCUGUUGUAAAUAAUUAACUUUGUUCUUUCA